GGCAGUGUCUGAACGGCACUGAAGAGAAUUGAAUGCGAUCUCUGGGACCCGAGCAGAUUUUUCUUUCAUGGCCGUUGCAUGAUGAAACCGAGUGGCACUUUAUAUCAUAGCCAAGAAAGUCCUAUAUUUUUUUAUCUAUUUCGUGUACUUGAAUUUCAUGACAGUUUUCACACAAUGAUUAUUAGUUGCGAAAGAAUUAAGUUAUAAAUGACGUUUCUAGCCGAUGAGCUACUUAAUCACCUUAUUUUCAAAGGUCAUAACUUGAAACAUCCUGUUACAUCAUCGAUGAGAAACUGGUUUCGUACGUCCGUUUGUAUGUCGAGUAGCGGUCUUGCACCUGCGCUAUAACGGAUAUUUGCGUGACUCAUCGACUUAUGAUCUAUAUCCAUCAAAUUCGAUCGUAACUCCGUUCCACUUUGGAAUAUCACUGAUGGAUCGUCUAACUUGCAUAGAACACGCAAACGUGUUAAUUUACGAAUAAAAUAUUAAUUUAAUCAAAAAUGUUUUUUCGUACUUAUAUACAUUUAUCUUGGAGGACGCUGAAUAAGUCUUAUCUUAUAAUGUGGUACUAUCAGAUGCCAGUCCAAUACAUCUACACAAUUAUGACGCCGUAGUCUACACGUGCCAACUAAUGUGAGUCGCCCAUGAAGAAUGACGACGCCGAACAGCAGGGCUAGUCCGCGUAACCGCGACCUUGUGAAGUUGUGAGCUUGUGAGUUGCGACUUGUGAUCAGUUGCGCUGUAGAUAUCAUGGAGGUAGUGUGUGGCUGUGUGCUAGCGUGAUCGCCGUUCGUUCAUCCAGCGCAGUUUACCGUUAGCUCACCCAGCCCGUGCUGCCGUUGGGUUUCGCGUUCGCACUUCGCGUUUCAAUAUUGUAAAUUAUUAUUUGUACAUGUGGUACCAUAAUAUAAUUGUAUAAAUUUUCAGAAAUGUCUAUGCAUUCUUUGUGCAUGGCUGCGUGUAUUCAGUAUUGUAUGACUUGGAACUAAUACGGGACUGAAAAUUUUAAAUCUUGAUUUAGAUAGAGGUUAGCUUGACACAGACCUUGUAUCUGCCCUUAUAAUUAAUUUAACUACGUGGCUUAUUUUCCCAAGAUGCAAGACUCGCACAAUGAGUAACAGCACUUACACUUACAGCAGGUGCAAAAGCAAAUCGUCUGGUGAAUCAUUUAUGUUUCAUGGUUGUAAUUACUACGAAGCUGACAGCAAAUGCAGCUAGCCUAGCUAACUAGGCCUAAUUGCGUUUUGUAUUUGGAAAAUUAGCUAUAUAUUAUGACCUUUUGUAUCCGAAGAAAAGAGUAUUGUAAAUACGGUCAAGCUCAGAAAUUAAGCAGUAUGUUUUUCGCGAAAAACCGUAUUUUCUAAUUUUUGAAAAAUACCAAGAAACUACCACAAUGUCGAACGGUACGAAAGCACCCGGAGAAUGCGGCUUGAAAUCUAAUUUAAAUAUUUCCACCGAGCGCGAGGACUCGAAUUGUCUUCAGGAAAUUCUCGGUGUAGCUGAAGGUUCCUCAGUGUCAUCUCAAGAGCUUCUCUGUCAGAAGCCUCGGCCUGAUAGCUGUCCUCUGGACUUGGACAGAGACUUGCUAGGACGUUCUCACCUCACUAAACGCGGGAGUGAAACUGUGGUGAUAAACGUGGCGUUGUGGAGCUGUGAGGAUGUGGUGAUGUGGCUGGCAGCACUCGGUUUUGAUGCGUCAAUAUGCCACGUUUUCCGGACGCAGCGAGUCAACGGAGAGGUGCUGCUUACUCUCACCGAGCACGACUACAAGGAAGAGCUCGGCAUUGUCGCAUUGGGCGAUCGUCGUCGCUUGUCCCUGGCUAUCAAGCGGCUGCAGAGUCCCUCAUUAGGAUCCCUGUCCCCCGGUAGCUCCUCCCACUCCUGCUCCCCCACCUCACCCCAACAUUCCCCCGUCACCCACCAUCACUACUACCACCGCCACUGCUGCCUCGACACCAACUCUCAUAGUGGCGGCGAGAACUGCAACGAACAUGGCGGUGGCGGUGAGAAUACCAACGGCGCCGACAGUGGUAUUGGUGGAGGUGAUGGUGAAGGCUCUGUUGCUGGUGGUGGUGGUGGAAAAGGAAGAGUGUGGUGUUCAUGUCGGCAUCACAAAAGCGCACCUUCACCACACAUGCUUGCAAGAACUCUCCUUAGACACCACAAGCGCCGAACGAGAUACUCCUCAUCUGAAAGUGACGACGAGAACGACGAUGAAGGAGAUGAUGACAUGUCCAUAGGAUGCAGGAGCAGCGACAGCACCGUGACCACCACAUCUCAGGCCGCCACAGGGAGGACUGCUGGCCUCACCACAUCCCCUCCUGGGGCCACGAACGGCGGCCGCCGGGGGGGCAACUUGGCCCGCACGGUGCCCAGCGGGGGUCGCGCGCCCCUGCAACCUGAGUACCUGAAGACGGCCAUCUCGUGCUUCUACAUGUUCCUCGUAACGUGGAUCACGGCCAUCGUGAUGGUCUUUGUGCACGACCGCGUGCCGGACAGGGACAGACACCCUCCCCUGCCCGACAUAUUCCUGGACAACGUGCCUCACAUCCCUUGGGCCUUCCAGCUCUGUGAGCUCACCAUCAUCGUGCUCCUCUGCACCUUCUUGUGCAUCCUCUGCUUCCAUAAGCACAGAUGCAUCAUCGUGAGGCGGUUUGCAGCGCUGGGCGGGACGGUGUUCUUGCUGCGCUGCGCUACGAUGUUCAUCACGAGCCUCUCCGUGCCGGGCAACCACCUGCAGUGCUCACCGCGGGAGCAACGGAGCAUCUGGCGGCAGGUGGAACAGGCGUGGGUCAUCUGGCAGGGCGGCGGCCUGAGCAUCAAGGGCGUCCGCACCUGCGGAGACUACAUGUUCUCCGGGCACACCACUGCGCUCACUAUGCUCAAUUUCUUCAUCACUGAGUAUACCCCUCGUCGUCUGUACUACAUCCACAUCGCCUCAUGGGUACUCAACAUGUUCGGUAUAUUCUUCGUGUUAGCAGCUCAUGAACAUUAUUCUAUAGACGUGUUUAUAGCCUUCUACAUCACGUCCCGUAUGUUUCUAUACUAUCACUCUUUAGCCAACAACAGGGCCUUACAUCAAAAGGACUCAUUCCGCACAAAGAUCUGGUUUCCCAUGUUCAGCUACUUCGAGAGCAGCAUAGAAGGAAUCGUGCCUAACGAGUACAGUAACUUGUUUGCGUGGUCUAACCUGCUGUGGGCAGCGAACAUCAUACUUGUGCCUCUGCAGUGGAUAGCAUGCAAGAGUAAAAUUACUUUGAUUGCUAUGAGUGGGGUACCCGGAUGGAAAGAUAUAGUGGGGGUACCUAAAGUAGAACAAGAUGAUGGGUCUACAGGAGACGUCGGUGAUGGUACUCCUGUCAGAAGUCAACAAUCUUCUGGGGCUGAUGAAGGCACAAACGUUGUGAACGGGGCUAGCAAAUCAUCCAAUUCAACGCCUGUUCAUCAUCGGAAGGAAACGACGCUCUCUGGCAAACACUGUCCUGGUUCCACGAAAGAUAAAAAUGCUGGAUCUGCGGGUACACUGCAUAAACAUUCAAGUGGCAGUAAAAUCAAUCUUUCAUCUUCAAUUCAGCGCAAAGACUCGAAGAAAAAAGUCCUCUGAAUAUCUCAUCAGUGUUAUACGUCAUAAAAUUAGAUAUAUAUUAUGUCUCCACGUUCUGUGAUGCCAAUUUGGCUAUUCCUCUUGUCUAUCUCUUUUAACGAUAUUUUCAGAAAUAAAGUUAUUUUAAUGUAAACAAAAGUACGGUUCUGUUAUGUACUUGAAGUUGUUUGUCAGAACCUGGUUUGUUGUGAUCCCAUUCUUAUAUGUCGCGCAACGAUUUUUAUUUAUUGUUGCUUUUUCAUUGAAUAUUGAAAAAGUAUCGAGUUCUAAAUGAAAUUGUAACAUUAUUAAUUUUCAUUUUAUUACGUUAUCAAAGGGAAUAAUUUUCCCCUCUGUAAUUGUUUUUGUCCGCAUUUAAUUGCUUUUUUUGAUCAUUUCUUUCAAUAUUUUUAGAAGGCUCUAUUUUUUUUAAGGUUGCCAAGUUUUUGAUAUUGGAGGAGUUUGUUCCCGGGUUGUAUCUGUACGUAUAUUUUAUUUACAGUGAGGGACUUACUAAAGAAAUAUAAUCGCAUGUUUAUGAACUAACCGUAAGGCGGAACUUGUGUGUAGACUCAGUAAUGCUUGAUAGCUUUGCGCCUGUUGUAUUGCUACAGCACUGUCCAUCUAUAUUCUAUACGCUAAAUAAGGUUCUCGUUUACGCACAUGAAAUGUAACCCAACAUUGUCUAUUUUGGAUUAAGUUGUCGGUCUAUUUAUUUUUCGAUAUCUGUAACGUAAUGUCAUAAAGACACACUGCGUAGCAGCAAGGUACACACUAUAUUAAAGUUCACUAUGGCUAGCAAAUUUAUUCUAUAUUCUGCCAAUAGAAAGACGACCUCUGUUCAGUUAACUGAGCCUAACUUCGACGUCAUGGCUAACUGAACACACACACACACUUCCUGGAGUCAGUGUCAGCGUUCCUCUAUAUCCAUUAAGCCGAACUUCGACCAUAAUUUUUUCGGAUGUUUUAGCCUCUAUAUAAAACUUGUUUGCUCCUUGUCUGUGAUUUAAGAGCUAAGAAUAUUGACAUUUAACCCUGUAUCUUUCUUAGAUGUAUUUGCUUAAUGACCAAUUGUUGGCUUGUACCUCAAAUGCGCGCUUGUCACUAGGUUAAUUAUUAUCGGUACCAUGACAUUUUGCAUUCACGCAGCCUGAUUUUUUGUCUCAAAUUCUCAAAAGGAGAUAACUAUUUUUAAUUAAUAAUAAAAUGUAUAUUCAAUAAGGCUUCGGCCGGUGGUCGUGAAGGGCUCUAUGUUAUUUUGGAUAUUUCAAUGACAAUCUAAAGUUUCUCAUUUGCUUUAAUUUCUGUGUGGUGUUAUGCCAUUGUAUGUGUUGCUAGCGUCUGUUGUCUAUUAUUUAAAUCGUGAAUCCAUUUGCUCUUGAUUGAUUUUAUCCAAAGCUUCUCACGGAGAGAUGCUGGAUACUCGUCUAGGAUAUUGCAAAUGUUGAUAUUUAUGUAACAUGACCGACAUUUUAAUUAAUAAUUUUGUUCUUUCUAAAAACUCAGAUUAUUUUGACAAAUUCGUGCAAAUUAACCGAAGUGGUGACACCCAGCUCUCUUGUUCAUGAUAACGAUUAAUGUUGUUCCCAUUGGAUAUCAGUCCUUAAAUUAGAAGGAUCGACUCGUUAUUGAUGUAGUGAAACCUUUCGUGGCAGGCACAAGAUCUAGGCUGAGCUGCUACGAUGUUCUACCUGCAUGCAUGUGAAUGUGCAUCAUAACAUUUAUCUUCAUUUUAUAUUUAUUUAUAUCACAACAUUUAUUUUCGCUUUAUUGUGCCUGGUAUACGAAAUUAGAACAUUUCGAAGAUCCUGAUAACAUUUGUCUAACGAUGUCUUCUGUGUUUAACAACGAUGCACACGGUGUGCUGCUUUACUCGCGAUUAUUUAUAGUGAUGUUCACGCUCAAUUGGAAUAAAAAUUUUCGAUAGUCAGUGCGCACGGUAGUGAAGAGGUGAGGUAAUGUUAUAGGCUAAACAUACGUUAUUGUAACAUUUCAGGUGUUGGAUUUUUUAUAUAACCAGACUGUGUACCGCAACUUUUUCUCCAAGUCACGCACAAUGCUACUAAUAAUGUGUGUAAAUCGCCCCCAGGUACGGGGAUGGAUGUGUGGUUCCACGCAUAUGUAAUUUCGUAUAUGAUUUUGUAGGAAUCGUUCCGAUAACUGACUGAACAAUAAUUUAUUCAUUGGAAGUGCUAUUGCCAAAGCUUUAGUUUCCUGGUUACUGCGAAGCUCUGGAACCCUGGCCGUUCCAUUGUUCUUUGCGUGAACGAUAUUUGGGCAAUUUUUUUUCGCGUGGUAUUAUUUACACCAAAGUUAAUUUUCACGUGAGAAAUCAGUGCGUGAAGUACUACAGGGUUUUUUUUUUAUUUUUUAGCCAGUAAGAUGAUAAUUGAUAUUACUGAAUAAAAAAUGAGUGUUAACCUGCCCUGUAAACCCAAUUAGAGCAAAUUUAUUCCUUUAUGGUGAUAGGCUUAGUAAACAACCUGCACUGUCAUCAUUGUUCUAGCAAGUAGGUUUAGUUUAUGCUUUCGAAUGUGCUCUAUUCAUCUGUUUUACAUCCAAUCCCCGCUUGACGAUCAAUUUAAUAUGGCUGUUAGAUAUAUUGCAGCAUCUAAAUAUGACUUGGAUUUUGAAAUUCACUUGCCGGUACUUAGAUUUUGAAAUUAUAUUCCUGUCUUGAUAGGGUAAUAGUUUUAUUUUCUGAAUUUUAUAUUACUUAUUGUCAUUCUCGAAAUCUGUUUACUAAUAUUAAGUUGUCGAAGGUAAUGCGAGGUGAUUUCUGGUAUAUUUUUAUUCUUUUAUUGUUAAUUCAACGAGGGAUUAUUCUUGUUAAUGAAUGCAAGCACUAGGAAACAAUAAUAUCUUCAGCUGUGAACAAAUGCACUACGUGUCUUUCGUAUGCCGAGCUGUGACCUGGUGAAGAGGUCCGCAUCACGCAACGCCGCUUUCAUAUUUAGUGAAUUAGUCAUAUUUUUUUCCUUCAAAGGAAAAGUUUAUAUUCGAUGAGUUGCUUGUGCAAUGAAAUUUAUUUU